CCAGUGCAAUGUUGACUCCCAACGAGGACGCAUUGAAAGCCUUCGAAUGUUUCACCGUGAUGGUGAAGUGUCUCGGCCUUUAUCCACCGGUAACAUGCAGCCGGAAGCGUUCCGUCUUGCGGUACAAACUCUGCAACCUUCUAACGAUAGCGUUCUCCGCUACCUUUUACGGGUUUUUGCUUCUGUUCCAUUCGCUCGAUCUAGAAACGAUCAAGCUCGGGUCGGGUUCACUGAUCACAUCGCGAAUGCACGAUUUCUACUUUGUGUCCCGAUACCUGACGGUCGUUGCGGUACUGUUGCAUUCCUUCGUCAACCAAGACAGUGUCGAUCAGUUGUUUCGUUUGCUGAACGAAGUGUCCAGUGUGGUGGUGAAUCUGAACAAAACUCCCGGUGCUUCGAUCGGAUACUUUGGGACGCAAAGUUUCGCACGACAUCUGCGGUGGUUAUCGUUGGUGUAUCCGCUCAUGUUUGUCGCCAUGACAGGGAUCGUCGAACGUUGGUUGCCCAACUAUGGAGUCCAAGUGCAUGCAUUCAAUGUGGUGCGGUUUCUGUACUUUUACUCUUACGUACAUCUGUGGGUGCAGGCCAUAUUGACGUUGUUUCUAGUGCUCUCAAGGUUUACCGCAUUAAAUUGUCUUUUUCGAAUGUACUUCCCCACCAGUCCAGCGGCGGUAGGAAAUCGAAGCGAGUUUGCAAUCUGCAGCGAAAAGGAACAGAUUAAUGUGCUGAAGCAAAUCAAAAUCCUGCACGACAAACUGAACGACGUGGUGGAGCUCGUUAAUUAUUGCUUCUCGGUGCAGAUCACAUUUUGCGUGGGGUUGUGCUUCGUCAUCGGAGUCGUCUGUUCGUUCGGGCUGUUCCGGGCGUUCAUCUAUCGGAACGAGCUGUUCUACAUGGGUGUACUGAACUUCAUCUGGUACAUGUAUUAUCUUUUCUUCGUCCUGUUUUUCAUCGCCGUCGGUAGCAAAAUAACACGCGAGGGUAAACGUAUCGGUAUUUUGGUGCAUAAAGCCAUCAACUGUUCGUCCUCGUCAGCAGUGAUAAAUGAGUUGAACCUGUUUUCACAGCAGCUACUUCAUCGCAGUCCGGUCAUAACGUGCGGGCUGUUUGUCUACGACUGGACGCUCUGGUACACGAUGAUUGGCGCCACAGCGACAUACCUCAUCAUCUUAAUUCAGUUCGAUGUUUCGUUCCCGAACUUGGUCAAUGUCAACGCGACGGCAAUGUACCGUGGUGGCACAUAAGGGCAUCGAGCGUCGUAGAAACAAAAAAAAAACGUUGAAGGACGAACAACUAGAACCAUCCAUCCAGGGUGGGUGGAUGAAUUCGGUAGCAAACUUUUCUACAACGAACAGAUAUUCGGUACAUGGUAGUGAAAUAUUCGUAAGAACAGUCCCUCUUUGUCGAAGCAAAAGUAUGCCAAAAUGCCACAUUCAGUGUUGCGUGUGUGUGUGUCUGUGUGUGUCUCUUCUUUUUUGUUUACUUUGAUGUUGAAAUUAAACAAACAAAGCAGAAGAAGAAAAAAAACUGAUCUACAGCGGUAGUUUCAUGAGCAACGUGUACUUCAUUGUGUGGAAUUUACUACCUCCCAAC